AUGGCUGACAAGAGAGAAUCUCACAACAUUCGUAUUCUCGGUCAAGAACUCUAUGACAAAGUUGCCUCAAGCAAAACUCUUUUAGUGGGCGCAGGAGGCAUCGGUUGCGAGCUACUCAAAAAUUUGGUCAUGUCAGGUUUCAAGGAUAUCGUAGUGAUAGACCUCGAUACCAUUGACAUUUCCAACUUGAAUCGCCAAUUCUUAUUUCAGAGACAGCACGUCAAAAAGUCAAAAGCACAUGUUGCUAAAGAGUCAGCAGUCAAGUUUAAUCCUGCGGCAAAAAUCACCUCGCUACAAGCAAAUAUCAAAGACGCACAAUUCGACGUUAACUGGUUUAAGCAGUUUACUUUGGUUAUGAAUGCUCUUGAUAAUUUGGACGCUCGGAGGCACGUUAAUGCCAUGUGCUUAGCUGCGGAUGUUCCCUUAAUUGAAUCAGGAACACAAGGUUAUUUGGGUCAAGCAUACGUGAUUAGGAAGGGUGAAACCGAAUGCUUCGAUUGUCAACCUAAACCAACACCUACAACAUAUCCGGUUUGUACCAUUAGAAGCACACCCAGCGCACCCAUCCAUUGUAUUGUUUGGGCAAAGAGUUUUCUGUUCAACCAACUAUUUGGCAACUCAGAAGACGAAGAAGCAUUCGAUGCCACAGAAAAUGAUGAUAAUGCACAAGAAUUAGCUGCUCUGAAACGUGAAACAGAAGAGCUAAAAUGCAUCAAAGAAGCAGCAGGAAGUCCGCUUUACACUAAAAAGAUAUUUGACAAAGUUUUUAAAACAGAUAUCGAGCGACUUUUAUCAAUGGAGUCCAUGUGGAAAAACCGAAAGAAGCCCACUCCACUCAACUAUGAAAGCCUUGUAGAAACGAUGGAAGAUAACUCAACAAAUGAAGCUAGUAGUGGACUUGCAGAUCAACGAGUUUGGACCUUAAAAGAAAAUUUUGAGAUGUACAAGAAUAGUGCUACCAGAUUGGCCGCUCGAUAUUUGAAGAAUAGGGAAACUGUAAAAGAUGCUAUGCUAAGCUUUGAUAAAGAUGACGAUGACGCUAUGGAGUUUGUUACUGCUGCUUCCAAUUUAAGAGCUCACAUAUUUGGAAUUCCUCAAAAAAGUUUGUUCGAUGCAAAGUCUAUGGCAGGUAAUAUUAUACCAGCGAUUGCAACUACGAACGCUGUCAUUGCAGGCUUCGUCAUUAUGAAAGCGUUUAGAUUAUUACAAAGCAAUAUCAAAGAUAAUCCUAGAACCUACCUCACAGUUUCUAGAGAGGGUCCACGUAUUGUUUUAGAAGCGAAUUCUGCACCAAAUCCUAAAUGCGGAGUAUGCCGGUCCAGAAGUUCUACAGUGAAGGUCGACUUUGAAAAGGCCGUUUUGAAUGACCUUAUCCAAAAAAUAUUGCUAAUCUCAAUAAAUGAAGGAGGUGCUGGUAUGGAUGAGGAAGAAAUAGUCAUCAUGGACGGCAGUAGAUUGCUUUACGAUAUUGAUUUUAAUGAUAUGGCCGACCAGCCACUCAAAGAUAUCGGAUUAAAACCGGGCACCAUUUUGCGAGCCAGUCAAAACGAUGGAAAUGAUGUUGAUCUUAUCCUGGAACCGAUGUAA